UCAAUGUUUCAUGCUUUUAUGUUCCCAUGGUUCGGUUUUGGUCACAUGACUGCAUUUUUGCAUCUGGCUAACAAACUAUCUGAGAAAGGGCACAAAAUCACUUUCUUGCUUCCCAAGAAAGCGCUGAAGCAACUUGAAUCUCUCAAUCUCUUCCCAGACUGCAUUUUCUUUCACACUCUUACCAUCCCAUCCGUAGAUGGCCUCCCUGCUGGCGCCGAGACAACCUCGGAUAUACCGAUCUCUUCAGGGAGUUUUCUCGCCUCGGCUAUGGAUCGGACACGCCGUCAGGUCGAAGAAGCGGUUUCUAUAGGUAAACCGGAUCUUAUUUUCUUCGAUUUUGCUCACUGGAUUCCGGAAAUAGCUAGAGAGUACGGAUCCAAGAGUGUGAACUUUAUAACAAUAUCCGCAGCAUGUGUAGCUAUCUCGUUUAUCCCUGGUCGUAGUCCAGAUGAUUUGGCUGUUCCUCCCCCUGGUUAUCCUUCGUCUAAGGUGUUGCUUCGGGGACAAGAAACGAACUGCUUCUCCUUCCUCUCACAUCCGUUUGGAGAUAAUACUACGUUUUACGAACGAAUCAUGAUAGGACUUACAAACUGCGAUGUCAUCUCUAUAAGGACUUGCCGAGAGAUGGAAGGAAAAUUCUGCGAUUUCAUCCAAAGCCAAUUUCAAAGAAAGGUUCUCUUGACCGGUCCAAUGCUUCCUGAGCCAGACAAUAGUAAACCACUUGAAGAUCAGUGGAGGCAGUGGUUGAGCCGGUUUGAACCAGGAUCAGUAGUAUAUUGUGCAUUGGGCAGCCAAAUCAUUCUUGAAAAGGAUCAAUUCCAAGAACUCUGUUUAGGAAUGGAGCUGACAGGUUUACCAUUUCUUGUAGCGGUAAAGCCACCAAAAGGCUCCUCGACAAUCCAAGAAGCCUUACCAAACGGGUUCGAAGAGAGGGUUAAGGGGCGUGGAGUGGUUUGGGGAGGAUGGGUGCAGCAACCAUUGAUAUUGGCUCAUCCAUCAAUAGGCUGCUUUGUGAGUCAUUGCGGUUUUGGUUCAAUGUGGGAGGGUCUAGUGAAUGACUGCCAAAUAGUGUUCAUUCCACAUUUAGGUGAACAAAUAUUUAACACUAGAUUGAUGAGCGAGGAACUCGAGGUCUCCGUUGAGGUGAAAAGAGAGGAAACAGGAUGGUUUUCGAAGGAGAGUUUGAGCGGUUCGAUUAGGUCUGUGAUGGAUAAAGACAGUGAGCUUGGCAACCUAGUGAGGAGAAACCACGCCAAAUGGAAAGAGUCUCUGGUUAGUACUGGGCUAAUGAAUGGUUAUGUCAAUAAGUUUAUAGAAGCACUAUAGAAACUAGUCUAGAAGAGAAAGAACAUGAAUAAAACACUUUUUAAAGAAACUUGGUUUGCCAAAAUGACUAAUAUGCAUGGACUUUUGAAGCUCUAAUCUCUCAAAUUUCAG